UCCUGGGCUGCUGUGCGGCUUUUAUUCAAAAAUCACCAUCCCGGAGAUCAAUCUCAUCUGAUCAGCAAACGGGCAUUUUAAGGGAGAGGCCCCCACAGGACUGAUGUCGGACAUCAAGACAAAAUUAGAGCAGGCACAACGGACCAAGAUCACAGAUAACAAACACCAUCAAAGACAAAUGGACUGAGAUGGUGCAUGCUUGUAGCGGAGGAGCUCGAAAACUGAGAAGAGUUGCUGAAGAGUUUCUGUUUUUAUGAAAGAGAGCAUCGAAGUCUUUGGAAGGGCUUAGGGUAGUGGGCUAAAGGGGCCAGUUAUGGCUCAUGGAAAGAGGCCAGGAUCCAUUUCCAAAAUAUUGGUACCCGGCACUUCAUCAUGCCCCGGUCCUGGACAGAGCAAAGAAGAGCGGGGAGGUUUGGUGAACGAGGCGACUGAGCAACCACCUUGUGCGCUGGAGGAGGAUAAUAAUGACCAGCUGACUUCUCCUGUUUCUGCAAAUCACUAUUACAUGAGUUGUGACCCUAGUCCUGAGGACAUGGAGGACACCUGCUCUGAGUACGACAACGUGGGCUCCGAUGUCGAGCAGGACUAUGAUGAGGUUCUGCAUUUGAACAGAGAGGGCGGUGUGGACAUGAGGUAUUACAAGCAGUACUGUCCUGAGGACGGUGGCUAUAUAAAGCAUGCUGUCAGUGAUAAUACUAAUGAGAACACCAGUGCUCCUGACCAGAUGACUCCGAGGCCACGGCAUGGCACAGAAAUAUGUGAGGGAUCACAAUCAGACGCUAAGCCGAGUAAGAUGAGCCAUCGCUUCAGGUCGCAUUGUGCUCCAGUUGCUGGUGAUGAAACAGAAGGGGGAGUUAAAAAGGGCCAGGAGGACAGGUUCUUCUUCGGUGAUGGAGAUGAGAUAGAAGAGGUGCUAGAUGGGGCCAAAUUUAUAGAGGAUUUAGAGGAGACGGAGGACAGUAUUCAGAGGCAGGCUAGCCUUUAUCAGGGUAAUGAGAACGAAAGAAUUAGGAAGGGGGGAGAGGAACGGCAAAGAGAAGGUGACGUCCGAGUCACAAGGAACCCUAAUGUCCUAGGAGCCAGCAAGAAGUGUGAGCCAUCUCACAUAGAUUCAAAGGAGAAGGAGCGGCAGGGUAAAGGGCGAGGAAGGAGGGGAACAGGAGAGGGCAUCGAGCAAAUUGCCUCUGGGAUCAAAGGAUGCAUGACCAGCAACACUGAGCAGCGUCCAAAGACUUUGCCCAGGGACUGCAAAAAAGUUGCCGUGAGGACCAAAGCUAGGUCCAGUUCCAGUAAGCAACACCCUAUUCCCCCACCUCGCCACUCCCAUGCUCAGCCUCCUACUGAAACCCAGAAACCCCAGCCUCACAGAGAGCCUCCUCCUGUUCCCAGACCCAGUAAUUCCACUGCUAACAGCCGGGAGAAUGAACCCAGGGUUAUCAAGCCAUCCCUGGCUCCUCUUCACACACCAGAACAACAGAGGGAGUCUCUCGAGGAGAGACAGAGACGGCUAGAGAAACCCCAGCAGCAGAAUGAGAAGCUCAGCCCGGCUGCAAUACCUGAGGAGCUGCCAGAGCAGGCGACGAGGUCUCAGUGUCCAGAGCCUGUCUCUGCAGAAGACAGCAACACUCCCAAGAAAACACAGGAAGCUGCUUCGUUUCCCAGCUUUGAGGAUGUCCCAGGUCCCUGUGAGCCAGAAGACCUUAUUGAUGGGAUCAUCUUUGCUGCUAACUACCUUGGCUGCACUCAAGUUUUGUCUGAUAAAAACCCAUCCAAGAGUGUCCGUAUGUCCCAGGCUCAUGAAGCUGUCAGUCAAAUCAAGAGCCAAGAUGAAGAUUCUCAAAUGAUGACAGAAGUGGACCUGUUUAUCUCCACUAAAGCUGUCAAAGUACUGAAUGCUGACACACAGGAAACAAUGAUGGACAGUGCCUUGCGAACCAUCUCCUACAUCGCAGACAUCGGCAGCAUUGUAGUUCUGAUGGCACGGAGGCGCAUGUCUCAGGCCUCAUCAGAGGAGCUCUCUGAAUCUUCGGACUCCACCAGCGAAGGGAAGAGCCAGUACAGAAUGAUCUGCUAUGUCUUUGAAUCAGAGGAUGCGCAGCUAAUCGCACAGUCUAUUGGUCAGGCGUUCAGUGUGGCCUACAGAGAAUUCCUGCGAGCCAAUGGCAUCAAUCCCACCGACCUGAGCCAGAAACAAUACAGUGACAUCAUCAGCUCCCAGGAAAUGUACCACGAUGACCUCGUUCAUUUCUCAAAUUCAGACAACUGUAAAGAGCUGUAUAUAGAGAAGCAGAAAGGCGAGAUCCUCGGCGUGGUAAUAGUCGAGUCUGGCUGGGGCUCCAUUCUGCCCACGGUCAUCCUGGCCAGCAUGCUGAACAGUGGGCCCGCAGCUCGCUCUGGAAAACUCAACGUGGGCGACCAGAUUAUGUCCAUCAAUGACACAAGUCUCGUGGGGCUGCCACUGGCCACCUGCCAGGGCAUCAUUAAGGGUCUGAAGAACCAGGUGAAGGUAAAGCUGAGUAUUGUAAGCUGCCCUCCUGUCACCACCGUCCUCAUCAAGAGACCCGAUCUCAAGUUCCAGCUCGGCUUCAGUGUUCAAAAUGGCAUUAUCUGCAGCCUGAUGCGAGGCGGUAUCGCUGAGAGAGGCGGCGUUCGUGUUGGACACAGAAUCAUUGAAAUAAAUGGUCAGAGUGUCGUUGCCAUGGCACACGAGAAGAUAGUUCAAACCCUGUCCAUCUCUGUGGGUGAGAUCAACAUGAAGACGAUGCCUGCUGUGAUGUUCAGACUGCUGACGGGACAGGAGACGCCCGUCUACAUAUAGAGGACCCUGCAUGGAUCAGCCCCACUGUAGCUCUGCAUGUCUGGCUGCGUGACGACAAUAAGACGGGUGGCUCAGUGGGACGAGGAGAAUUUAUUUUUCUAUCAUUUUAUUUUUUUUGGCCUGUUGUCGCGACGCUGUAAAGAACAUCCGUUUCUCAUUUUCCCAGGUUUUAUCUUGAAUUACAUCGUCAUAAUGGCCUUACAAUGUGAAUACUCUGUCUGUAGUACUGUACGUGAGUUUAUGGUGUUGAAGAAAAGUAGCUUUACGGUCAUGUUUAUUUUCUUAUGAAGAGAUAAAUUAGUACAUUUAUUUUUUAUUUAGUCAUUUUUAUAAUGUGUAUGGAGUUUAAAAUUGUACUUCUACUGUAAAUACUUUGGAUUUCUCAAGGACUUGAUUGGAAAGGCCAUAUAACUUCUGCAGUAUAUGCAUGUGAUAACGAAGAAUACGAUUUACUGACCAGGGAUUCAUUCUCAAUCCAACAUGUUAAUCUAUUACAAUUAGUAUCAAAAGAAGAUAAUAAGAUGCUGUACAAAGGCACUGAACUCUGUGUAUUGUGGUGACGCUGAAGGCCAAAGACACUCUUAAUUUUCAAGGACAUACAGUAUAUGGAUGAUCAUUACUUUUACCAGAGCGUACAAGAAUGUAUCAGAAUAUACAAUACUGAAUGAAUGUACAGUUAUAACACACAGAAAAUACAGUUUCAUUGCUGAGCA